UUUUCCGAUCAGUCAGUCUCUGCAUCCGUUACGAAAAUGGCUUCAUCCGCAGCUCCAGUCGUUAACGCCGCCGCCGUCGGCAACCCCACGUUCGACUCUCUUCGUCUCGGAUAAAGCAAGAUGACAUGUCUGUGCACUCUCCCUGUAAAGCCUUAUCUUCCUUCGCUUCUUCUCUCUCCAAGGAGCAGUCACAGGUUGAAUUGGAGCUAACAUUAUUAGAAGCUCUUGAAAUCUAUCCUCCCGUUAAACUCCGAGGCAUACAUCACCACUUUGUUCUUUAUGGUCUGAUGGAGUAUCUGGGCAGAAGCUUUGACCGACAGUUCCUGGCGGAUGAGGUUCUGCAUCUACUGGAUGAGAUGCUGAAAUCAGAUGACAUUGACAUUCUUAACCACUAGAAAGACUUUACCUUGCCUCAGAGUUUCUUUGAUAUGGAAGAACAGUGACAAAAGAAGAAGUGUUCUUUGCUUCCUUUCCACGCCUCUUUCUGUAUAUGGUUGGUUAGGUUUGUCCCCAGCUCUUAAGAUAAGUCCUCUUGUAUAUUCUUCAGUAUUAAUAUAGAACCAUCGGAGCACUACUGAUCUUUUUAACUCUGUCAAAUAGUUUAAUAGAAACAAGCUUUUUGUUCUCUUUUCAUGAUGUCAUUUAGAUCGGUUGUGUUUGUUU